GUACACAGUAUACUACAGUGUUGUGUGGUACUCUCUCUAGAUAGACAGACAUGUAUAGCGAGAGUGAGACAGAAUAUGCUGUAUCUGCUCUGUCUCUCUCUGCUUAGCUUUCCAUUUCAGCUUCGUCUCCACCUACUCAUUUACACCACCUGCACCAAAUAUGCUUUAACAUAACAAAACACACAAACCCCAUAUAAUUAGGGCCUUAAAAAAAAGAACUUGUUCACUUGUUGUCAACUAAAACCUCUCUCUUUAUUCACAUUAACUGUAGUUAGAGAGCAAGAAUGGGUGUGGAUUUGAGACAAGUGGUUGCCGGGGUGCUGACGCUAACUAUGUUUGUGAUGCUUGGUAACAUGAUCAAGAGAGACCAUUUUGAUUCUGUUGAAGGGAAAUUUCCAGGAGUUAGGGACGUCGAGUUUGAUAGCGAGAAGGUUUCAGAUCAGGGUCUUGUGACAUUUUCCAAAAAGAGUACAAAUGGGCCAUGGAUUGAGAGCGGCCAAGAGCUAAAACCAUGUUGGAAAGAGUCAACUUUAGAUGAGGUAGAGCCAAAAGGGUUUGUCACUUUGUCAUUAACUAAUGGUCCUGAGUACCACGUCUCACAGAUUGCUGAUGCAGUGGUGGUAGCAAGAUAUAUUGGAGCAACUCUCGUACUUCCUGACAUUAGGGGAAGCAAACCAGGAGAUGAAAGGAAAUUUGAAGAAAUAUAUGAUGUUGAUAAAUUUGUGAAAAGCCUGGAUGGGGUGGUUAAAGUAGUUAAAGGUCUGCCUGAUGAUGUAUCGAUUCGAGAUUUUGCUGUUGUCAAGGUCCCUAAUCGAAUUUCAGAUGAUCACAUUGCUGAGCAAAUCAAACCAGUCUUUAAAACAAAUAGCAACAUAAGACUGGCUACUUUCUUCCCUUCAGUAAAUAUGAGAAAGACCACAAAAACAAGUGCCAGUGAUUCAGUUGCAUGUUUGGCGAUGUUUGGAACUUUACAGUUGCAGCCAGAGGUUAAUGAAGUGGUUGACUCCAUGAUUGAGAGGCUAAGAACUUUGAGUCGCAAGUCUAAUGGACAAUUUAUUGCCGUGGACUUGAGAGUUGAGAUAUUGGAAAAAAAAGGUUGCCAUGGAAGCAGUUCAGCUGGAACAAAAAGCUGUUUUAGUGCCCAGGAGAUUGCUAUAUUUUUGAGGAAAAUGGGAUUUGACAAGGAUACCACAAUCUACCUCACUCAGCCUAGAUGGGACGAAAGCCUUGAUGUUCUGAAGGAUAUAUUCCCUAAAACUUAUACUAAGGAAAGCAUAAUGCCUGCUGACAAAAAGGCAAAAUUCCUCGAAUCAGAAGACUCAGAGUUCGAGAAGGUUAUUGACUUCUACAUGUGCUCUCAGAGUGAUGUCUUUGUACCAGCCAUCUCUGGCCUAUUUUAUGCCAAUGUUGCUGGUAAGAGAAUAGCAUCUGGCAAGACUCAAAUACUCGUUCCGUCUGACAUUCCGGGCUCCUCUGCCGCUGUCACCAGCCAUUUCUCCCCCUAUAUUUCCAAGAAGAACCACAUGGCACAUUCCUGUUAUUGCAAGUAAUCCAUGCCAAGAAACCCUGAAGAGAGCACAAUACAGCUUAUGUUGAAGCCUUCAGUAAUAGUUGUCACUUUCUCCAUUGCCGCAAACAAGCUUUUCCAGUAAGCAGAUGAACAAGUGAGUUGCACCAUUCACACUUCAAUUUGGGAGUGAAAGCACCCCGAAGUAGAAGUUUACUGUGUCAGUAUGAUUUUUUAAAGAUUUGUUCUAUAUAAAUAGGACAAGUAGUUCUGUGAGUUAUAAUGUUCAAGAAUUUGUUUAUUUUUGUUGUAAAAUAAGUCGCCAUUGUGUGUUUUUUUUCUUCUUGAAACCAAUAUUAAAAAUAUUUAUUAAA